GAGAAGGCGGGGCCGGGCCGGGCCGGGCCGGGUAGGCGGCUGGUAAUUUCCCGGCCGCGGAGGAGGCCGGGCGACCAGAGGGGGUCGGCGACGGCGGCGGGUGAGGAGACGCGGGGGGAAAGCGGCCCUUCCAAGCAGCUUGGCUGACGGCGACGCCUCAGGGGGAAGAGGGAGAGACAGAGAAGUCCAAGGCGGACCCCACGACCCGCCGCCCCGCUUUCGUGUCGUCGCUAUGGAGGUCGAGGGGCCGCAGGAUAUGAACCUGAUUGACAUUCUGUGGAGACAAGAUAUUGAUCUUGGAGUCAGGCGUGAAGUUUUUGAUUUUAGCCAAAGAAAGAAGGAAUAUGAGCUUGAGAAACAGAAAAAACUUGAAACAGAGAGACAAGAACAGCUUCAAAAAGAGCAAGAAAAGGCCUUCCUAGCUCAGUUACAGCUAGAUGAAGAGACAGGUGAAUUUGUUCCGAUUCAGCCUGCUCAAGCCACUGAGUCCCUGAACACUGGCCUAGCCAAUAAUAAUUAUUCACAGAAAGUGCACAUUUCCAAACAAGAUGAAGACAACCUCUUUGAUGACAUGUUUGAGGACUGCAUGCAGGUUUUGGCAUAUACAUUCUCAUUUGCAGAUGACCAUGAGAACUCCACAGCUGAAUUUCAACAAGUGGCACCUUCGGAAAUUGAUAGCAACCAAGUCUUCCUGGAUUCCAAUCAGAUGCAGUCCCUCAAUUCAUCUGUCCUCCCACCUGACAUUCCAGAAUUUAUGGUGACUCCUCCUGAGAGUGCACAAGACAUAGAACAAGUAUGGGAAGAACUGUUUUCUAUUCCAGAGUUGCAGUGUCUUAACAUUCAAAAUGAUAACCUGACUGAAGUAACCUCAAACACAUGUGAAGCAAACCCAGUGCCAGAGGCGGCUGUCAGCUUUGCUUUCUACAAUCCGUUACCCUCUGCGGAGAAGGAAAUUGCUAACUGCAGUCCAGAGUUUCUGAACCCUUUGGAGGCUUCCUAUUCUAGCAUGUUAUUACCAGAAGAUCUAAGCCCAAGUAACACAUUAUCCAGAAGCACUGAGUUUUGUGAAGAUUUCUAUCCAGCAUUUAUUGAUGUUAAGAUGAACGGCAACAUAUCUAGCCCACCACCACCGCCCAAUUUUGUGGAUCAGGCAGUUGCUGGCUUUUUAAAUGAACCUAUUGACCUCUCCGAUUUUGAUCAGUGUAAAGCUUUUAACUCUGACUUUUUGGGAAACACCCCAGAGCGUAACGAUUCUGACUCUGGCAUUUCAUUGAAUGCCAGUCCUGGUACCUCAUCUCCAGCUCAUUCUGUUGAGUCGUCUUCCCUCUGUAGAGAUGCAAGCUUUGGAUACAGUGAUUCUGAAAUGGAAGAGAUGGAUACCAUCCCCAGAAAUGGGGAGCAGAGUAAUGCUAAAAUGCAUUCACUCCAGUUGCAUCCUCCUGUCUCUCCACCCCUAAGUAAAAGCACCCCCAACCCCGUUUCAGGAAAAAGUACACCCAAGAGAGAAUUGCCCGCCAGCCCUGGCCAUAUUGCAGCUCCUUUUACAAAAGACAAACCCUCCAGUCCUGACGAAGCUCAUCUCACCAGAGAUGAGCUUAGAGCAAAAGCUCUGCACAUUCCUUUCCCUGUCGAAAAGAUCAUCAACCUCCCUGUUGACGACUUCAAUGAAAUGAUGUCCAAGGAGCAGUUCACCGAGGCCCAGCUGAAUCUAAUUCGUGACAUUCGGAGGAGAGGCAAAAACAAGGUGGCUGCUCAAAACUGCCGGAAGAGGAAACUGGAAAACAUAACAGAGCUGGAGCAUGACUUGGGUUACCUUAAAGAUGAGAGAGAGAAGCUGCUGAAAGAGAAAGCAGAGAAUGAUCAAAGCCUGCGCCUACUGAAAAAGCAGCUGGGCACCCUCUACCUUGAGGUCUUCAGCAUGCUGCGAGAUGAAGAUGGCAAGCCUUACUCCCUGAAUGAUUAUUCAUUGCAGCAAACGAGAGAUGGCAGCAUAUUUCUUGUUCCGAAAAGCAAAAAGCUGGGGACUAAAUUCUGAGGAUCGAGGAAGUGAAUGUUCUCAACUAAUAUUUUUAUUCAUGUAUUUUCUACUCGAGGGGCUUCCCAUGAUGCAGAAUUUGUCCUAUCUUCAAGUGACUUCACUCUAGAGUUAGGUAUAUGAACACGCUUCGAAUCAUUAGCGUUAAAACAAAUGUAUGCACUAUGGGUAAUGCUUCUGCAAGACACUAGUUCCUCCUUUUUUAAGACCAGCAGCAACUAGUUUCUGUUCUAGUGUAAAUAUUUCGAGAUUUCUUAUUUAUAUUCUAUUCCUAUAGUUUGUUUUACUCAAAUGUAUACCAAGUGUGAUUUAAGACUGGUAAUCCUAUGUACUUACAAAACCAAUCUUAAUCCCCUCUGUGGGUACAUCAUUUUAUAAACUGAAUAUUUGCAGUUUCAUACAAAUUUUUUACUUACUGUACUUUGCUUUACUGCAAGAGCUUGAAAUGUGUAAACACACAUAAUAAAGUACUAUUGCUAGAGUGCAUUCUAGCCAAAGUCAAGCACACUGAAUGCUUAUGCUUUCAAUGAGACUUUAAUGUGCACUUAAUUAACUCUUGCUUGCUGAAAUUGGUGGAGCUCAAAGUGUAACUUUGGCUGGAUUGUAUCCUUGAAGUUGAAACUUUUGCAUACUAGUGUAUGCACUAAGUAAUGAUAAUUUUAUACUUUUCCAAUAAAGUGUGUAUACUCUUAA